CCGUGGGACCUCGGCAUCUCGCACUACGGAAACACACCGUAACACAACAUGGGACACUAGGCCGGGCCAACUGGCAUCAAUGAUAACGUCCAUACCACGUCCUAAAUUCAAUAGCGUCUGUAUGCGCGACCACACCUCGGAAACGGCUCUCCGGACACAUAAACGCGCCAACAGCAGGGGCGCUGAAUCGGUCGCAAGGCUGGCAACCCCGUGGAUAGUGACAAGCGACAGCGCGUUGCCUGUUCCUAGGGGGAACGAGUAGACGGACGGGCGCGCCUAGAACCCGCAAGCAUGGCGCCCGACCCACGCCUCUCGUUUCAGGAGAUCAUGGAGCUGGCGGAGCUGCCCCUGUCUCCCGAGGCGGCAGCCGCCGGCGUCGCGCGGCGCUUCAUAAGCCGGCGGCCGGCCAACCUCCCCGGGGCGGACAUCGAGGAGGGAGAUGCCGUGAGCGGCCCGCGCGGGGUGUUCCCGAACCCGCCCGUGGCAGCCUUUGGCGGCCACGUCUUUUGCCAGGCCGCCAUGGCUGUCGGCCGUGCCGCGAGCGAGGACCAAGACAAGCAGAAUGCUGGCGCCGCCGAGAGUAGGUACGGACUACAUACAGUACACGGUUACUUCACCGUCUUCGGCCUGACAGACCGGCCGUUCGUCUACGACGUCGAGCAAAUAACCACGGGGCGCUCCUUCGUCACAUACGCAGUCAAGGCCCGGCAGCCGAUAGAUAAGGAGUCCUCCUUCUCCCCCGGCGGCGAGCACGGCAGCCUCCUCCGCUUCCCCGCCGCCGACCCGGACACGACCCCCGUCGACUCGGAUCUCGGCCCCGUCUGCUUCUCCGCCAUGGUGUCCCUCAAGCUGCCCGAGCCGCACUGCCUGGGCCUGACGCUGCAGGAGCCGCCGCCGCAGGCGCGGUUCGCGGCCGUGCUGGCGGCGCGCCCGCGGCUCGGCGACUGGCCGCUUGUGCCGCGCCUCGACAUGCAAGGGAUCGUCGACGCGCUGGGGCCGGCGGGCGCCGAGGUGGCGGGGACGUUCCCGGCCGUCGAGAUGCGCAAGGUGGUUGAUAUGGCGGCUUACAGCGCUGGCCGGCCCAUGCACGAGAAGCGCGAGCUGAUACUAUACCGCCUCCUCGGCCCCGCGGCGGCGGCGGGCGGCGGCGGCGACGACCCCAACGCGCACGCGCUGGUCCACGCCUUUGUGGGCGACAGGAACGGGCUGUUGAUGGCGGCCAACUUUAUGGGCCUCGGCAGCGGCGGCGCGAAGCUUAUUACCACACUGAGCAACACCUUUGUCGUGCACACCAACGCAGAGGACGUAGUCAUGCACUGCGGGCGUGACGGAGAGCGGGAACCCGGGGGCGAUGGCGGUAGCGACCAGUGGUGGAUCUACGAGGUGACGUACCCGCGCGUCGCAAACGGGCGCGUCAUCCUGGAGGGCAAGGUCUGGAGCCCGGGGGGCGUGCACGUCGCUACCGUGUACCAGGACGGCAUCGUCCGGGCGAUGCGUGGGCUGGCGAUGGAUGCAAAGGAGCGAGAGAAGCUAUAAAACCUGCAUGCUUGUUACUGCAGGGCCAUCAACGGGGGUCUGCUUGCAGCUAAUAAACAUAGACACCAAGACAGCCUGACUUUCCAUAAAUAUUUUAGAGAAUACAUCACUGCCGAACGGUUCCCUCCAUGACCAUGACCGCAGUCCCGCC